AUGCCCCGGCUCCGGGCUGGUGCCCGCCGAGAGGGCCCGGGGGCCGCGCUGACGGCCCUUCUCCCCCAGGAGGCCCCGGGCGGCGGCGGCGGCGGCACCGUCCAGCGCUCCAAGUCCUUCAGCCUCCGGGCCCAGGUGAAGGAGACCUGCGCCGCCUGCCAGAAGACCGUGUACCCCAUGGAGCGGCUGGUGGCUGACAAGUUCGUUUUCCACAGCUCUUGCUUCUGCUGCAAGCACUGUCACACCAAGCUGAGCCUGGGCAGCUACGCGGCUCUGCACGGCGAGUUUUACUGCAAACCCCACUUCCAGCAGCUGUUCAAGAGCAAAGGGAACUACGAUGAGGGCUUCGGCAGGAAGCAGCACAAGGAGCUCUGGGCCCACAAGGAGGUCGACCCCGGCACCAAGACAGCCUGAGGCCCUCCGGGCCCAACUCCCUCCCUGGAGGGCCUGCAGCCUGGGGAAGGGUGGGAAAGAAACUGGACCUGGGCUCCGGAGGGAGGCCGGGCAGGGAGGCCGCCUUGCUCAGGCCAAGGGUUAUGGGGCAGGGUUCUGCUCCAGGACUCCCUUCCCCGCGAGGGGGGUGGGGGUUUGCGAAACAGGAUUGUGGGUGUGCUCACCCCCUCCUUCCUGCUUCUUUCCGCCUACCCCACCUCAGCCCAUGGUCCCCUGGGAGGCCCCCAAGCCCAGCUUCCCUAUCUAGGUGCCUUUUUCUCCAGCAAGGAGUCAGCAUGCCCCCCUCAGGGUCCCACGCUCCCUCACUGCCACCCAGGGCCUCAUGUGGCCCCUACGUCUCCCCAUCUACCUCUGCCCUUAGCCUGGUCCUGAGCCAUGGAGACUGGAGGAGGGAGGGCCAGAGUGCCACCUGCUGGGCCCAACCAUUGCCAGGGGCCCAUGGGGGAGGGAAGGAGGAAGUGAACAGCCUUGCAGCACCCGCCUGCUACCCCACCCCCCACUGCCCCAGUGGGAUUUGGGACCAUCUCACGCCACUGGAGUCAAGAAGCAGAAGCUAAAGCACCGCCAGGCUGAGCGCCACAGAGACUGGUAGGGGGCUGGCAGCCGCCAUGUUCCCCUCUUCGCCCUUGUUUCUGCUGGUUCUGAUCAACCCUAUUUUAAAUGUUUCAACAGAUCCUGACUCUGUAUUGUGUGGCCUGAUGGGGGGCUUUGUGGCAGGAAGGAUGUAGAUUUG